GCAUUUUGACAGGUCGUUGGAAUGCCCAUUUGUAAAUAAACAAACAUAAUUUUUUUUUAGAAGAUUUUUUUAUUAAUUUAAUGGAAACUAUGGGUGAUGAUUGUUGUAUAUGCGAACUGUGCUCCGCUUUAUUUAAGAAAAAAUCUAAUUUAACGAGACACAUUCAAAAUGUUCAUUACAGAGAAAAAAAGUUUAUGUGUGAACAUUGUAGCAAAAAUUACAUAACUAAAGACGCUUUAACAAAUCACAUAACCAACAGCCAUUCAAAUAAACCCAGGAAAAAACGUAUUGUUUACUGGCAAUGCCCAAUGUGUAUCCAUCAAUGUGAAAAGGAACAAAUGGUUGACCAUUAUAAAUUAUUCCAUAAUUAUGAUAUCAGCACAAUUAAUAUACAAUUCGAUUCUUUCAAUGAGUUUUUAAGUUGGAAACAGAAAAUGGAAAAACAGUCAAGUUCGAAAUAUAUAAGACACAGGAAAAAGAAAUAUUCUGAUAAAUGGAAAUAUUUUUAUAGAUGCCAUAGAGAUGGGUUUUAUAGAGCCAAAGGAAAUAAUUUAAGAAAACUGAAAAAAAUUGGGUCCAAUAAAAUUAAUGCACAUUGUCCUGCAAAAAUUGAUGUGACAAUAAAUGAAACCAAUGGAAAGAUAUCAAUUAACUAUUUUCAAAAUCACAUAGGGCAUAGUUUGGAGACAUUUAGACUAUCUUCAAAUUGUAAAGAAAAAGCAGAUGGGGAAUAUACAGAAGAAACAGAUUCUGAUAAUGAAGAAGCAAAUGAAUUGUCAAUAGAAGAAAAGUCAAUAAAUGAAAGAUCAGAAGAAAUUAAUGAAAUUCCAACAAAUAUCGAUUCAAUUAAGGCAUCUUUAUUAGAACGAUUUCAGUUGAUUUUAACUAAGGUUGAAAAUUUAGAAGAGUGUGAAGUUGUUAAUGAGGAAUUAUUAAAUUUUGAAAACAUCUUGUAUAAUUGUAAAUAUUCUGAAACAAACUUAAAUACAAAUUAA